GCUGUGAAAGGCCCCAGGCGGCCAUCCAGGGCAGUGGGGCACUCUUCGUCAAAGCGGCUGGAGCCGGACCAUCGUCCCAGAGAGCUGGGGCAGGGGGCCGUGCUCGAUCUCCAGGGCUCCUGGGGCCACUGCUGACCUGGCUGGAUGCAUCGGGCAGUGGACCCUCCAGGGGCCCGCGCUGCACGGGAAGCCUUUGCCCUUGGGGGCCUGAGCUGUGCUGGGGCCUGGAGCUCCUGCCCGCCUCAUCCCCCCACUCGUAGCGCAUGGCUGCCUGGAGGCAGAUGCUCAGCCAGUAUUGGGCAGCCUCCACUCCCUGCUCCCUUAACCCCUUCACAUGGCAGUAGCUCUGGGCACCCCAGCAAACCAUAUUAUACUCAAGGGACACCUACCCCAAGACCCUUCCAUGGGAAGUUGGAAUCAUUGCAUGGCUGUGUGCAGGCAUUGCUCCGGGAACCGGCCCAGCCAGGGUUGUGGGAACAGAUUGGGCAGCUAUACGAGUCAGAGCAUGACAGUGAAGAGGCCAUACGCUGCUACCACAGCGCACUUCGAUAUGGAGGAAGCUUCGCUGAGUUGGGGCCCCGGAUUGGCCGACUGCAACAGGCCCAGCUCUGGAACUUUCAUGCUGGCUCCUGCCAACACCGAGCCAAGCUCCUACCCCCCCUGGAGCAAGUGUGGAACUUGCUACACCUUGAGCACAAGCGGAACUAUGGGGCCAAGCGGGGGGGUCCCCCAGUGAAGCGAGCUGCUGAACCGCCAGUGGUGCAGCCUGUGCCUCCUGCAACCCUCUCAGGCCCCUCAGGGGAGGAGGGCCUCAGCCCUGGAGGCAAGCGAAGGAGAGGCUGCAACUCUGAACAGACUGGCCUUCCCCCAGGGCUGCCACUGCCUCCACCACCAUUGCCACCACCACCACCACCACCACCACCACCCCUGCCUGGCCUGGCCACCAGCCCCCCAUUUCAGCUGACCAAGCCAGGACUGUGGAGUACCCUGCAUGGAGAUGCCUGGGGCCCUGAGCGCAAGGGCUCAGUGCCCCCAGAGCGCCAGGACCUGCGGCACUCGCUGCCUCAUCCGUAUCCAUACCCAGCUCCAGCCUACACCUCACAUCCCCCUGGCCACCGGCUGGUCCCGGCCGCACCCCCAGGCCCAGGCCCCCGCCCCCCAGGAGCAGAGAGCCAUGGCUGCCUGCCUGCCACCCGUCCCCCCGGAAGUGACCUUAGAGAGAGCAGAGUUCAGAGGUCGCGGAUGGACUCCAGCGUUUCACCAGCAGCAACCACCGCCUGCGUGCCUUACGUCCCUUCCCGGCCCCCUGGCCUCCCUGGCACCACCACCACCACCAGCAGUAGCAGCAGCAGCAACACCAGUCUCCGGGGUGUGGAGCCGAACCCAGGCAUUCCUGGCACUGACCAUUACCAAACUCCCGCGCUAGAGGUCUCUUCUCACCAGGGCCGCCUGGGGCCCUCGGCACAUAGCAGUCGGAAACCGUUCUUGGGGCCUCCUGCUGCCACUCCCCAUCUGUCCUUGCCACCUGGGCCUUCCUCACCCCCUCCCCCCCCUUGUCCGCGCCUUUUACGCCCACCACCACCCCCUGCCUGGUUGAAGGGCCCGGCUUGCAGGGCAGCCCGAGAGGAUGGAGAGAUCUUAGAGGAGCUCUUAUUUGGGGCUGAGGGAACCCCCUGUCCCCCACCACCACCCCUGCCCAACCGCGAGGGCUUCUUGGGGCCACCGGCCCCCCGCUUUUCUGUGGGCACUCAGGAUUCGCACAACCCUCCCACUCCCCCAACCACCAGCAGUAGCAGCAGCAAGAAUGGCAGCCACAGCAGCAGCCCUGCUGGGCCUGUUUCCUUUCCCCCACCUCCAUAUCUGGCCAGAAGUAUGGACCCCAUUUCCCGGCCUCCCAGCCCAACACUGAGCCCCCAAGAUCCACCUCUUACACCCCUGACUCUUGCCCUGCCUCCAGCCCCUCCCUCUUCCUGUCACCAAAAUACCUCAGGAAGCUUCAGGCGCCCGGAGAGCCCCCGGCCCAGGGUCUCCUUCCCAAAGACCCCCGAGGUGGGGCCGGGGCCACCUCCAGGCCCUCUGAGUAAAGCCCCCCAGCCUGUGCCACCCAGUGCUGGGGAGCUGCCUGCCCGAGGCCCGCGACUCUUUGAUUUCCCCCCUACCCCACUGGAGGACCAGUUUGAGGAACAAGCCGAAUUUAAGAUUCUACCUGAUGGGCUGGCUAACAUCAUGAAGAUGCUGGAUGAAUCAAUUCGAAAGGAAGAGGAACAGCAACAACAGGAGGCAGGCGUGGUCCCCCCACCCCCACUGAAGGAGCCCUUUGCAUCUCUGCAGCCUCCAUACCCUACUGAUACAGCCUCCACCACCACUGCUCCCACCACUGCUGCCGCUGCCCCCACCACCACCACCACCACCACCACCACAGCCACAGCCACCCCAGAAGAGGAGAAGAAGCCACCACCAGCCCUACCACCACCGCCACCUCUAGCCAAGUUCCCUCCACCCCCCCAGCCACAGCUACCCCCACCCCCAACAGCCAGCCCAGCUAGCCUGCUCAAAUCCUUGGCCUCUGUGCUGGAGGGACAGAAGUACUGUUAUAGGGGGACUGGAGCAGCUGUUCCUACCCGGUCUGGGCCCUUGCCCACUACUCAGUAUUCCUCUGGUCUCCCAUCAGGUGCUACCGCCCCAUUGCCCACCUCAGCGGUCCCUAGCGCCCAGGGCUCCCCACAGCCCUCUGCUUCCUCGUCAUCUCAGCUCUCUACCUCAAGUGGGCCCUGGGCCCGGGAGCGCAGGGCGGGCGAAGAGCCAGCCCCGGGCCCCACAACCCCCACCCAGCCACCCCCACCCCUGCCACUGCUCCCUGCUCGCUCUGAGUCUGAGGUGCUAGAAGAGAUCAGUCGGGCUUGUGAGACCCUUGUAGAGCGGGUGGGCCGGAGUGCCACAGACCCAGCAGACUCAGUGGACAUAGCAGGCCCAGUGGAUAGUGGGACUGAGCGACUGCUGCCUCCCACACAGGCCAAGGAGGAGAGUGGUGGGGUGGUAUCAGCAGCAGGGUCAGGCAGCAGUAAGCGGCGGCAGAAGGAGCAUCGGCGGCACAGGCGGGCUUGUAAAGACACUGUGGGUCGGAGGCCCCGUGAGGGCAGGGCUAAGGCCAAGGCCAAGGCCCCCAAAGAAAAGAGCCGCCGGGUGCUGGGGAACCUGGACCUGCAGAGUGAGGAGAUCCAGGGUCGUGAGAAGGCCAGGCCUGAUCUUGGUGGGACCUCAAAGGUGAAAGCACCCACAGCUCCUGCCCCUCCACCAGCUCCUGCACCUUCUGCCCAGCCCACACCCCCAUCAACUCCUGUCCCUGGAAAGAAGUCUCGGGAGGAAGCUCCAGGCCCACCGGGUGUCAGCCGAGCUGACAUGCUGAAGCUGCGCUCACUUAGUGAGGGGCCCCCCAAGGAACUGAAGAUCCGGCUCAUCAAAGUAGAGAGUGGUGACAAGGAGACCUUUAUUGCCUCUGAGGUGGAGGAGCGGCGGCUGCGCAUGGCAGAUCUCACCAUCAGCCACUGUGCUGCUGAUGUUGUGCGUGCCAGCAAGAAUGCCAAGGUGAAAGGGAAGUUUCGAGAGUCCUACCUUUCCCCUGCUCAGUCUGUGAAACCGAAGAUCAACACUGAGGAGAAGCUGCCCCGGGAAAAACUCAACCCCCCCACUCCCAGCAUCUAUCUGGAGAGCAAACGGGAUGCCUUCUCACCGGUCUUGCUGCAGUUCUGUACAGACCCUCGAAAUCCUAUUACUGUGAUCAGAGGCCUGGCUGGUUCCCUGCGGCUCAACUUGGGCCUCUUCUCCACCAAGACGCUGGUGGAGGCAAGUGGUGAGCACACUGUGGAGGUGCGCACCCAGGUGCAGCAGCCUUCAGAUGAGAACUGGGAUUUGACUGGCACGCGACAGAUCUGGCCCUGUGAGAGCUCCCGUUCCCACACCACCAUUGCCAAGUACGCACAGUACCAAGCCUCAUCCUUCCAGGAGUCCCUGCAGGAGGAGAAGGAGAGUGAGGAUGAGGAGUCAGAGGAGCCAGACAGCACCACAGGAACUCCCCCUAGCAGCGCACCAGACCCGAAGAACCAUCACAUCAUCAAGUUUGGCACCAAUAUCGACCUCUCUGAUGCCAAGCGGUGGAAGCCCCAGCUGCAGGAGCUGCUGAAGCUUCCCGCCUUCAUGCGGGUAACAUCCACGGGCAACAUGCUGAGCCACGUGGGCCACACCAUUCUGGGCAUGAACACGGUGCAACUGUACAUGAAGGUGCCCGGCAGCCGAACGCCAGGCCACCAAGAGAACAACAAUUUUUGCUCCGUCAACAUCAACAUAGGCCCAGGCGACUGUGAAUGGUUCGCGGUGCAUGAGCACUACUGGGAGACCAUCAGCGCCUUCUGUGACCGGCACGGCGUGGACUACUUGACGGGUUCCUGGUGGCCAAUAUUGGAUGACCUCUAUGCAUCCAAUAUCCCUGUGUACCGCUUCGUGCAGCGCCCGGGAGACCUGGUGUGGAUUAAUGCGGGGACUGUGCACUGGGUGCAGGCCACUGGCUGGUGCAACAACAUCGCCUGGAACGUGGGGCCCCUCACCGCCUAUCAGUACCAGCUGGCCCUGGAACGAUAUGAGUGGAACGAGGUGAAGAACGUCAAAUCUAUUGUACCCAUGAUUCACGUGUCCUGGAACGUGGCUCGAACAGUCAAAAUCAGCGACCCUGACUUGUUCAAGAUGAUCAAGUUCUGUCUCCUGCAAUCCAUGAAGCACUGCCAGGUGCAACGGGAGAGCUUGGUGCGGGCAGGGAAGAAAAUCGCUUACCAGGGCAGGGUCAAGGACGAGCCUGCCUACUACUGCAACGAGUGCGACGUGGAGGUGUUCAACAUCCUGUUUGUGACGAGUGAGAACGGCAGUCGCAACACUUACCUGGUGCACUGCGAAGGUUGUGCCCGGCGCCGCAGCGCGGGCCUGCAGGGCGUGGUGGUGCUAGAACAGUACCGUACUGAGGAGCUGGCCCAGGCCUACGACGCCUUCACGCUGGUGAGGGCUGGGGAACAGGCGUGGGUGGGCGGGAAGGUGCGGGGCGCGUGGUGGGAGGGGAAUGGGGAGAGUCAGCAGCUUAGUCUUACUCGCCCGCUGUCUCUCCUGCAGGCCCCUGCUGGCACGUCACGAUGAGACCAGACGCCCCGCCCGCCUGCUCGCCCCCGCAAGGCGUCGCGGGGCCACCAGCACACGCCUGGGCUGGACCUAGGUCCCGCCUCUGGCCGGGAAGGGGGUCGGGCCCAGCCCUUCAACCCCAUUGGCAGCUCCCCUCACUUAAUUUAUUAUUAAGAAAAAACUUUUUUUUUUUUUUUUUAACAAAUAAUGAGGAAAAAAGGAAAAAAAAAAUGGGAGACGGGGGGAGGGUGCUGGCAGCCCCUCGCCCAGCAGCGCCUCCCCUCACCGACUUUGGCCUUUCUAGCAACAGACACAAGGACCAGGCUCAGGCGGCGGCGGGGGUCGCAUACGGGUUCCCUCACGCCUGCCAGCCGCCCGCCCGCCCGGCGCAGAUGCACGAGGCUAGUGUAUGUACAUAGACGUUACGCAGCCGAGGUUUUAAAUGAGAUUCUUUCUAUGGGCUUUACCCUUCCCCCUGAACCUCCUUUUUUACUUCCAAUGCUAGCUGUGACCCCUGUACGUGUCUGUUUAUUCACUUGGUUAUGAUUUGUAUUUUUUGUUUGUUUUUGGUUUUUAAUUUAUAACAGUCCCACUCACCUCUAUUUAUUCAUUUUUGGGAAAACCCGACCUCCCGCACCCCGAAACCAUCCCGCCCACCCUUCCAGGGACCGCCUGCUGGGUUCUCCCUGUACCCUUGUGUGUGUCCGGCCCAGCUCGAUGUCUCCGCCCGUCCGCCCUCGGCUCCCGCCGGGUUCUCAUGGUGCUCAAACCCGCUCCCCUCCCCUAGGUCCUGCACUUUCUCGGACCAGUCCCCUCAAUCCCAACCCAACCCCAACCCCGCCUGAGGGUGAGCGACUCCUGUACUGUAGGGGAAGAAGUGGGAACUGAAAUGGUAUUUUGUAAAAAAAUAAAUAAAAUAAAAAAAUUUAAAGGUUUUAAAGAAAGAA